AUGGACAGGAUAGUGUCAUACUUAUCCGACAGACUACUGAAAAAUUCGUCAGAGAACUGGAACACUUGUCACAUAGCUGGAAAUGCCACGUGGCUGACUAUUAACAGCUCUGGGGUUAUCAACAAAUUACAUGCGGAACACUUGUCCAGCAGACAAGAUUUCAAUAUAGCGACGGCGGUUGAAAUUCCGGAUGAGCUGGUUGAUGGAUCUUUUUUAGCGGACUACCGUAGUAAAGUGAGAGAUAGCAGAAUAUGGGAAAGUUGGAAUGAUCGUUGUCUAACGCUGCAGCGGCGUAUCUCUCCGUGUCAUUUUGGUUUGUAUGUUUGUUUGUGGCCGAACAACAACGAGCAUCAGUUGAUGAGAAGUUCACCAUUGGUAGAUUAA